AUGUAUACAACUAGGAAUUCGACUGUAUUAAAUUCAAUCUAUCCAUGGCUACGAUUGCCACCGACACCGAAACUUCCUCUUCCACAUGCUGGCCAAUAUGCACUUGUCAAUGGUAUCCGUAUAUGGUACACGAUUUAUGGACCAGCUGAUGGCAUCCCCAUUCUUUUCCUUCAUGGUGGCUUUGCUAAUAGUGAUUAUUGGGGUUUACAAGUUAAACAACUUCAAUCUACUUACAAGUGUAUUCUGAUGGACUCUCGAGGCCAAGGUCGAAGUCCAUCGUCAGCUACCAAUAUAACCUAUGAUCUUAUGACUUCGGAUGUUAUCGGUCUGCUGGAUUAUUUAGAUAUCACUCGAAUCCAUCUGGUUGGCUGGAGUGAUGGAGCAAUUAUUGGUCUAAACAUGGCAAUGAAAUAUCCUCGCAGAUUAAUUUCCUUAUUUGCAUUUGCAGCAAACUAUGACUCUUCUGGUGCAAAAGACAUUUUAGCCUCACCUGUCUUCCCUGCUUAUCUCACACGUAGUAAAUCCGAAUAUGAACAAAUGAGUCCAGUUAACAACUAUCAGGAUUUAUACAAUAAUUUAACAACAAUGUGGUCCACUCUUCCAAAUUGGUCAAAAACAGAUUUUGACAAGAUUCCUCAUAAUUUACCUGUGUUGAUCGUUGAUGCCGAUCACGAAGAAGUCAUAAAUAGAGAACAAACAGACAUGAUGGCCACUUGGAUUCAACAAGCAGGAGAAAUGAUCCUACCAAAAACGAGCCAUUUCGCGUUCAUUCAAGAUCCGGAAAGUUUUACCGCAGCUAUGACUAGAUUCUUGACUGAAACACAGCAUUUGUAA